AUGAACGAGCGUCAGCGGGUUUGGCGCGCCUGUCAGAUAUGUCGGCGGAAGAAGGUCAAGUGUGAUGGUGAGCAUCCAUGCGAGAGCUGCACUCGCAACCAGGCUGAGUGCAUCUAUAUCGACCCGUCCGUCAACAUGAGGAUGGUGGAUCCGCAAUAUCUCAUGAAACUCGAGAGCCAGAUCCAGCUGAUGGAAAAGAGAUUGCAUCAGCAGUCACAAGCACAACCAUCAACCGGUCAUAACGGCCAACUCAGUGAAAAUGUCCAAGCAGGCCAAGAAGACCUAGACAGCGGAGAAGUAAUGCUUCCGUCUGUACCUUGUCCGAUAGCUGCGAACGUGUCUGACAGUGAUAAUGCCAAUCGUGGUCCCUGUUCAUUGCCCGACCAGCAGGGAGACGGUCAAAAUGAAGGUCCCGAGGGCCAGCAGGAGGAAAACGUGGUGACGGCCUCACAGCCCCCAGAGCCCGCUGCGAUCGACGUGACCCAGUUGCCAGAGCCCCUUCUACAGCUCUUGAUUGACCUAUUUUACCGUUCCAUAUAUCCCAUAUUCCCCAUUAUCAGCCAACGUGAUUUUCAGCCGCAAUUUGAUCGCUGGUUAUCGGCUCGCCAAUGCAGCCGUGGCAGCGAGGACGACAAAUUUUUGCUGCUCUUAUAUGCACUGCUCGCCGUGGCAUCCUUCCUGCUGCCAGCAGAGCAUGUUAUCUUUGACCAACCUCGCCUAAAAGCUUAUAAGCAGGUGGAUCUGGGAGGUCUGCUAUACACCCAUGCGACUUCCAGGUUUCCGGGACGGCCAACUACACAUAAUGCCCCGUCAGCGGCCACUAACUUGGUCGUUGCGCAAGGCCUUCUAACCUUCUAUCUCACCGAGUGUGGCAAGGUGAACGACGCUUGGAUCACAGUUGGCCACGCGAUCCGCCUAUAUCAAGCAUUGGAUCUUGAAGAUGGUAUGGAUGCGGCGGCUGAAGUGCAGGCGAGAUGCAGCGUACAUGGGAACAUUUGGUGGUGUUUAUAUAUUCUGGACCGAUCUUUGUCGACAGCGCUCCUUAAGCCGUUGGCGAUCGACAACUCCGAAAGCAACAUGGAUCGCUAUGAUGGAGAGAGCCAAUUGACUUUGAUACCGGAGGACAAGAUCGAUCCCUGGUUCGCAGUCAUUGCCGAGUUUCACAUCAUCAUGGGUCGUAUUUACAAGUCCGUGCGGUGGAUUCGCAGAUGCCACCAGCCCCAGAAUGCUGCGCAUGGAGAUAACAGCAUACUGCAGUCAUACAUGAAAAAGUAUGAUACCGAGCUGGAGAGGUACUACACUAAGCGGGUCCUGCCUAAAAUGGAAGGACCCCAUAGUGCGGCUCGACCGCUUGCACUACAGAACGUUGCCGAGUCAUCCUACUAUAUCGGAGUUGUGCUUCUCUACCGCACGUUUAUUGAGCGACUCAAAAUUGAGGACCCUGAGGUGUUCUUACGUUGCGCCGAGGCCGCGUCAAACUGCAUCAGGGUCACUCCGCAAGUGAUGGCCACUGUGCCUGCCAGUCACUUCGUGAUCCAACAGUGUCGGGCGGUAUAUACGAGUACCAAAGUCCUCUUACACUGCAUACGCAUGGCGAAGAAUACAGGGUACACCAACAAGGCCUGGCCAGAUGUCCAGAGAGGCUGCGACAUAUUGGGAAAGACAAAGAUUCAGUGGCCUGAGGUCAAGAGAUAUCAACAAGUCACUGAAGAAGACAUGUAUCUGACGCAGAUUCAUCUUAGCAAACACGAGCUAUUCCAUCGAGUGUUCGAUCGAUAUAGCAUCGAAUCCCACGUAAGGCCAUCAGGAAACGGCGGAACGAAUCACGGGUCGCUGUGCAGGACCAGGACCAGCCACACUGACAGGCCCCAAAGUUUGCCGGGCAUCGCUGAAAAUGAUGCCAUUUCUCGUCACAGGGACCCAUUGCACAAUGUCCCUGAGGUGGAUCUAACGAGGACGCCACAAAGUCUCUUAUCGAAUAACUAUGGGCAAGAGUCACGACUUCCUGAAAGACAACCAAAGCGGCGCAGGCUAUCACAGAACUUCAAUGUCCAUCCUGCUCCCUCCCCCUACUAUGCGCUGAACACGCCGCCCAUACUUUCUGAGGCAGACAGAUUGCCUAUGCUGGACGCGGCCAUUGGCCCCAGUGAUUUCCUUGUACCCGGUAUUCCUCCUCUGCCGUCCGUGCCGGGAGACUCUACAACAGACUUGCUUGAUGAUAGUAUGCUGAUGUCAUCCUUCGAUCUAUUCUUCUCACAUUCCGAAUGA